AUGGAAUUGGUCCCUUGCAAACGGUGGCAAGCCGGCAAUGGGCAAUGGUGGUCUGUGGUGGUCGGUGGUGGCGGUGGUCGUGGUGGCAGGUGGCCAGCAGUAGGUGGUGGCCGGUGGCGGUGGGCAGCAAUGAUGGUCGGUGGUGGCCGGCAGUUGUGGCUAGAUAUGGACAUGUGGCAUAGUAUGCUUGCUUUAGAAGGCAUUGUGUGUAAUUUUGAUAUUUUUUAA